AUGCCGAUUUCUGCUCCCAAAAUUCCGGACGGUUUACCCGAGUUGAUGCGCGGGUUGGCCAAGAGUGUGAUCAAGGAAAACCCGGAAAAUCUUUAUCUACACGCGGCGGAAUACUUUGAGAAUUUGAUUCGGGAACGUGAUGGCACGCUGGAGCGGGGCUACCAGAGUUUCAACGCGUACCAGGUGUAUGCGGACUAUAAGGAAAAAACGCGCGAGAAGUUGGGUCUAGCACCCGGGAAGCAGUCGUCGGUUAGUGAUGAAGGUGAUGGUGAUGCGGACGAUACGGGCAGUGGUGAGAGUGCUUCGAAGACACGUGGCCGUACGAGGCGUCGCCGAACGCGUAAGCCAUCGUCGGCGGAGAAGGAAAAUCCCGUGACCGAGGUACAAAGUGGCGCGGUGCAUCGCGAUGGGGUUGAGGUUGAGCGGAUGUCACGAAGGAAAAGCUCAGAGCUUUCCGAAGAGGCGGCUCCCGUGUCGGUUGUGGAAGAGGAGGUGGUCCGAGUGCAUUACAAUCCGCCAGAGGCGCAACCCGCGGCCAGAGUCGUUAGUGCACAGUCCGUCGAGGCCGAACAGGCCGUUCUGACCGUGCUGGAUGAUGAGCAGAUGCUGGAUUCCGACGGUGUUAGUAAGGAAACGGAGGAGGACGACGAACCGAUGGAGAGUGUGGAUGACGUUGGUACGGCCCCCAGCACUGCCGACGUUACCGAAACGGAAGCAUCCGUCGUAGUUGAUAGCGUGCCAUUGCAGGAUUUGGAAACGUGCUUCAUGCAUGCGAAUGUUGAUCAUUUAUUGGAAAAGCAUUCCGACGAACCAGCAGAAGGAGCGGCCGAGGAUUUGAAGCUAGACGAUUCAGAUGCAAAGAAUGCAUCAAAGCAAGGUGGGCAAGAUGUUACGGAAAGCGCAAUACCAACUGACCUUGACGUGAUGUCAACCAUUAAGCAGGAGGACGGUGAGUCUAAAGAUGGUGCUACCGAAGAGGCAGAGAAGGAGGGAUCGGACGAAGUCGAUUCUACUAAUGAAGACAAUGCACAGCAACAGUCCGAUGAAAUCCCCAGCGUUGGUGAAAAAAAUUCCUCACAGAAGGUAGUAGAUGAUCCUCCGGGGCCAUCUCCUGAGGAAGUGAAGGAAGAGCCGUGCAUUAAGCGUCAAGUUUCACCCACGAGCUCCGCUCUCCCAGAGCCCGUGGAAGAGAUCGUUGAGAAGAAACAGGAUCAGGAGCUCGAGGAGAUAAAGAAGGUAGAUCUCAGCCAGCUCAGUAAAGAUUCGGCUGAAGCAUUGUUUUACAGUCUCAAGAAAAGCGCUCUGGAGAAUCAGGAAGAAAAGGACGGUCCUGUCGACAUUGUUUCCAACAACGAAGACAAUGCUGUUGCUGAUGCUGCUGCUGCAAAAGACGAAAAUGAUGAUGAUAAUGAUGUGGUCGUGGCAGAGGAACCGCCCGUACAACCGACACCCGAUGAUGGUACCAAGCGUACAUUUACCGAUGAUUUUUUAGACGAAGUCCCCAUCACUGAAGCUGACCCAGGGCUUAAGGUGGCGUCCAGUGAUGGGGAAGCAGGAGUGGAGGCUGAUCCGGCAGCCGGACUCGAGCCUCAGACAUCGCUGGAGGCAAGUGAGAAAGACGACGCCUUCAACCCGAUGGUUAUGGUAUCGAUGCGCUCGAAACAGUUCCAAGAUCAGCUUCAUGAGCGAGAAACGAGGCAGGCGGAUGAGGGUGAAGGUGUUAGUCCGGAAAACCUUACCACCAAGCGUCCUCUCAUGCGACGAUGCAUGACCGAGAUGGCGGAUUUGCAGCGGUUCGACGAUACGGCGCAGGACGACGAAACGACGGACGGUACGAGUUACGUGGAGGAAGAGGAUCAGUUCGAUGGUUACUACAUCGGUCACAUCAAGAACAAAAUUCUAGCCUCAUCCGUAUCGGUGGCCGAUUCCGAUUGUUUCGAUCCGACCCGCUCACCACAGGAACCGGCCAACGACGAAACCGAGGUGCGAACGGCUCUGGAAACGAUUGCCUCGACCGAUACGGAAUCAACGAUCGCGUCGCAGGCCACGAUACAGCAGGCCGGCAGCAAGCGGAGCUAUCUGCGGAAACACUCCCAGAACACGUCCUCCAACAUACCGUACGCGUCGUUCGGGAACGCCGCCAUCGACCAGUCGCUCGACGAGUUCAUCGAGCGGGAGGAACAGAAUAAGCAGGACGAAGCGUUCGCCGAAGCGGCCACCAAGAUCCAGCGGUCCUACCGGACGCACAAGAAGCGCCUGCUGCGGGAUUAUCACAGCACGAUGCGCACCUUCACCGAGGAUCAAUCGGCAGAAAGUGGCGAAGAGUACAACAACAGUGCGGCCAACGUAAUCCAGAUCAAGCUAGACCAGAAGCGAGACCAGUCCGCGACGGGCAGUUCGGGUCUUGGUGCGCUGGCAGAUGGAGGGGAGGAGAGUGAUUCCAACAAUGCCAGCCUGCACGUCCCGCUCGGGACCGGUGGUCGGCGUCCUAUGUACAGCUUGAACAUCGACGAUUAUGAUACGGUGGCGCGACGCAUGACACUGACCCGCGGUGUGGCCAUGCAGCGAAACUCUACGCCCGAUGAUGAUUCCGGCAAAUCAACCAACGCAUCCACGGAUCGCAAAUCAUCGCUGGCCGGAGAUGGGGAUGGUAAGGUGCCGGUAUCUCCGCAACCCGUGACCGGUGAAGUUCUGCAGGAUCCGCCAGUAGUACCGGUUCCAGAAGCCGACCAGAGGGCCAAAAGUGAUGAGCAUGACAAAGAAAACGACAACGACGGUGGCAACAACUCCCAAUCGCAACCAACACCGGAUGAACCAAGGCCACAGCACCGGGAACUCGGUACCGUAGCCGUACCGAAGCCGAUCCGAUCGCAAACGAAAGUGCUCAGCAGCCACCGGGUAGCACCGCUGGAUGUACAGAAUUUGUUGCUGAUUGCCCGACAACGGACGAUGCCGGUACAGAUUGAUUCGUCCGUCAUCCGGGUGCUGCCGAAGCACAUGCGCAAGCGAAUCAGCAGUGCCGGGAUGAUGAGCGAUGGUAAACGGAAGUAG